AACCUUAACUCGUUUCAGCUGAAUGAUUUUUAAUAAUAGAAUUGCAUCAUUGCUUUUAUUUUAAGCAAUGCGUGUGUGGUUUCGUCGGUGCCAACAAAACUUCUAUGUCUAAAAAUAAAUGAACUUAUCUGUUGUGGUGGUGUGCCUCAGCUUGUGAUUGGCUCUUACGCCUAAUGUAGGAGGGUCGCUUUGGUCAGUCGAGGGGGUCCCUCAAGACAUUCAGCUAGCAAGAGAUCCAAAGCAGACUCGGGACAGACUCAGCCCCCACAGAGUCAAUCGAGAAGAAACUAGUUUUAGAGGAAGAAAAACCUCCUCGCUAAGACCGAAAGGCCAUCAAUAUCUGGCCUGUCAGCAGAUAUGAAACUUCCUGUCAUACUCAUUUAAGGCUAGAGACCCAUCUCACUCCGAGAUGGGAAGGUGCGUUCCCACUUGGCCUCGGCCUACCGCUGAGGCGGCGACCCGGGGCUGCUCCGUGGUGAGGCGCUGGAAGGCGGAGCUUGGAGGAGCAGGUGGCCGAAGAAGGGAACGUCGGAAGCGACCAGGCGUUGGGAUUUGAGUUAGGAUUAAAUGUCGAGGGGUCGAUACCACAUGAGUCCCGCUGGGUCCCGUUUGAAAGUCAGGUUAAAGUGCAACAUAAAAGUAGAGCAGGGAACCUUAGAUCAAACCCUGUCUGCUCGGACAAACCAGAAGUGAAUAGGAGAUUCAAGAUUAACAAUGCAUCCAGGCUGCUGAAAAUAUGGUUUCAUAAGAAUAUAAUUUGCCGUCUUUAUUGUGUUUAUGGCUAAAUUACAAAUCGAUGUCAAGUGGAUUCUUGACAUCGCGUUUUAAAUAAUACCAUAAACACAGCAUGGUGUGCUUGUGCAGACAGUGGAAAGAGGAAUCAUUUGAAUGAGCUAUCGCUAUUUUAACAUAGAACGAAUGCAGGGCAAGCCUUUCCCAUUGAAGAAAAUAGUCUAAAAUUACUAUUAUCUAAUUACUAUUAUAUUUCAUGUAAUUUUAAAAGGGUCUUGUAGACAUCAGACGCAAUGUUGACACACAAAGUCAAGAUAUUCAGGCGGAUCUUGUUACUGAGUGGACUUUUUUUUUAACCUCGUUAAUUUGCUGAUUCCCCUCAAAAAGUUUCCAGAAUUCUUGUGACACCUUUCGUCUUUGGUCCGGGCAUAUAUAAACAAUGAUAAACGUUCUAGCCUUUUUCAAAAUAAAAGUAAUUUGCCUCUUUCAAGUUUCUAUGUGUGGGGGCUAGAGUCUAGACCCAAGGGGCUAGAGUCUAGUCUAGGGGGGCUAGAGUCUAGUCUAGACCCAACUGGUAGCUAUGGCUACCAGUUGGGUCUAUGGGAGUAUGUACGGUCUUCAAAAACGUGGAGAACGUUGUUAUCAUGUUCAAUGUUAAAUGCCAUUCUAACAACAGCAUUACCUAGGCUAGGUCUAAACCCACCUCUGUACCUUUCCUUUGACAGCUGUCCCAUCAUGGUUCUCUGGAUGCCUCUCUUGGCCGUUUGGCUGAGCUCGGCAGGGCCCUCCGUGGCCCACAGCUGUCCCGACGCCUGUGCAUCAUGCUCCCUGCAGGACAAGAACCGCUGUCUGGAAUGUGAAGCUGGAUGGACGCUUUAUCACAACACCUGUAUAGACAUCGAUGAGUGUGGCACGGCGCAGGGCCGCUGCCCUCCAGACACCUAUUGCGCCAACACCGAGGGCUCCUACCACUGCAGAGAGUGCGACCAGGCCUGCGGGAGCUGCAUGGGCAGCGGGCCGGCGCGCUGCAGGAAGUGUGCGGCGGGCUACAGGCUGACGGGUGCCAAGUGUCAGGAUGUGGAUGAAUGCGGGGAGACCAGCCUGCCGUGCCUGGGUCUGGACGAGCUCUGCACAAACCUGGAAGGCUCUUUCCUCUGUGACUGCGCCGACGGGUUCAUUCGUAAGAAUAACGUCUGCGUGAGGACGCAGCCGCAAAGCGCCCAGGAGAAGGGUCUGUUCGAAGACGUCCCGGAGGAUGAGGUGGCCGUGCUGCAGCAGAUGUUCUUCGGGGUGGUGCUGUGUGCCCUGGCCACACUGGCGGCCAAGGGUGAUAUGGUCUUCACCUCCAUAUUCAUGGGGGGCGUGGCGGCCAUGGCUGGGUACUGGCUCUCGGAGCGAGGGGACCGCUUCUUAGACCGCUUCCUGAAGGGGUCCUAGGAGGGCCCUGAGACAGGACUUACUGCUUGCCUCACAUGAGGACAUCGAAUGUAUGCAACGUAUGUGCAUUCAGGUUCAUGUACCGUUACAUGAACCUCCAUCUCUCUGGCCAGCACCAGAACAGAUAGAGCCUUAUUAUUUUGUAUUUAUUUGAUUCCAGUUAUGUAUUUAUUUUGGCACAGGAAACUAUUUAAAUUUAUAAUGAAUCAUAUAGAUUUAUAAACAUUUUGUAUACAUUGUUUGUCUCACAUUUGCUGUCUAGAGUUAAUAAAUACUAUUGUAUCAUUUCUAUGUUAUCUAAAAAGAAAGACAAGAGAAAUCAAUGAAUAGGAAUUGGCAUGAUACAAUAAGAUUAAAGAACAUCUGCAUUUUGAUAUUUGUGUCAU